AUGGCUACUAAUUUUGAAGUUUCGCUUCGAUUUAACGUGUUCGUUCUCUCUCUUGUUGUUACGUUCAUGUUUGUUUCGAAUAUCUUCGUGUCAUCUUUUCAGUUUCGAGUUGGUGGUGAAAUUGGUUGGAUUAAACCGAUUGGUAAUGAAUCUGAAACGUAUAAUGAAUGGGCUGCUAGAAAUCGAUUUCAUAUCGGAGAUACUCUUUAUUUCAAGUACAAAGGCGACUCAGUACUUGAAGUAACUCCGGCUAAUUAUCUCAACUGCAACACAACAAGCCCAAUUUCCAAAUUUGAAAAUGGAGAGACAAUUUACAAAAUUAGCCAUCCUGGCUUCUUCUAUUUCAUAAGUGGCCAGAAAAAUAAUUGUAAUUUUGGCCAAAGAAUCAUUAUUCGUGUAAUGCACCCUUCUGAAAUUUCUUCGCCGGCGUCUGCACCGGAGAUUUCACCGUCUCCGGCUGUUGGUGGUGGUGGGGGUGACGGUGGAGAUGGGUGGGGUUCGGAUUUCUUGGGCCCACCGGCGAUUAAUUCCACCACAGUACUUUCUGUUUUUUCAUGUUUUGUUACUGCUCUUGGGGGUGUUAUGGUCUUUCUCUAUUUGCUCAUGUAG